AUGACCGCCGCGAGGGGCUACCGGCGUGAGCCACACACUGCCCCGCCCCGCCGCAGGGGGCCGGGGCGCGAGGGGGGCGCAGCAGGGGGUGGGGGCCUGGCGGAGGGGCUUGCUGGGGCGGGAGCACAGGCGGGGGGCGGGGGCGGGGCGGCGGAGUCUCGUGGCGGGGCGUGCAGGCUCGUGGCGGGGCGGGGCGGGGCGGCACGAGUCUCGCGGGGACGGGGCGGCAGCGUUGGCGGGGCGCGAGUCUUGCCUGCCAGUGUUGCCUGGCGGGGACGUUCGCCCCCCCCUCCCCCCUGGGUGGGGGGCGCCGACAGGUGUGUUGUGGGUGGGGCGUCACACUCCCUGGACCUUCAUGAUGGGGCCUUGAUGCUUUAUUACCAGGACAGUUUUGGAUAUUCCUCCAGAAUCACACCCAGCCCCCAGUGGUGUGUCGUGUGCUUCCACAAGCCAGGUGUUCACCCCUCCCCUGAUGGCCGCCACCUGAGUCACCUUGAGUCCGGCAGUGCCCCGACGCCCCGGCCAGGCCAUCCAUGAACCUGGAGGGGGGACAG